AUGUUUGAUGCGGGAGUUAGAGAUCGACCCUCCGGUGAUCCACCAGAUGGUCAGAAGGCGUGGGUGAGAACUUUGACAGGGAGGAACUCUAUGGGGAUGUCUCAUCCAGAGGAUGUUCUAAAUGAUGCUUUUGUGAAGGAGAGGGUGAGUCUGGCUUUUCCGAAUGGAGAGGAUGGUGAGCCGGUGAUUACGAUUGGUAAUGAGGUUUUGGAGGCAAUGUAUGGUUUGCAGAAAAACUAUAUGAUUUUGAAGGUGUUAGGGCUUCAUGUUUCGGUGUCCGUGUUGACUAAGCGGCUUAAGGAAAUGUGGAAGCCAGUGGGUGCGAUGUCUGUGUUGGAUCUUCCUCGUCAAUACUUUAUGAUCCGAUUUGAUGUGGAGGCUGAGUACAUGGUGGCAUUGACAGGAGGUCCUUGGCGAAUGUUUGGUAGUUACCUUUUAACGCAAGCCUGGUCUCCUAAUUUUGAUCCGUUGCGGGAUGAAAUAACUACUACUCCGGUGUGGAUUCGUUUGUCUAACUUACCGGUGCACUUUUACCAUAGAUCUAUUUUAAUGGCAAUUGCUGAAGGCCUUGGUAAUCCAAUUAAGGUAGAUCUGACUACUUUGAAUUUUGAGAGGGCUCGCUUUGCGAGGGUUUGUGUGGAGGUGAAUUUGAAAAAACCUUUGAAAGAGACGGUGAUGGUCAACGGUGAUCGAUACUUUGUUUCAUAUGAAGGCUUGUCCGCUAUUUGUUCAAGGUGUGGGAUUUAUGGUCAUUUGGUACAUAAUUGUCCUCACACGAUUAGAGAUCGGGAAUUGGUCGCUGCAUCAUCACCGGUGAUACCUGCGUCAAGUGGUGAGGCCCCGAUAGAUGACGGGUUUACGGUGAACACCGGUGGUAAUCGUGAUCGUCAAUCUUGGGAGAUUCCGAUUUCUAAGGUUUUCGAGAAUAUUGCCAUUUCUAACAGAUUUGGUGGGUUAGGGAUAUAUACGGUAUCUGUGGGAGAUAAGGAGGUUGGUCAAGGUAGAGAGGAGGAUAAGGAAAAUGCGAUGAUCCAUGGAUCAUCAAGAAAAGGUAAGAAGUUUGCGCAAGGAACGGAGAGGAUGUUUGGAGGGAGUUUGGAAAAUCAAAAAGAUGGUUUCAAAGGGGCUUUCCAGGAAAAACGGGCUGAGCCUGUUAAAACUGGUGCGAAUAAUGGACCUAAACUCAUUGGGCCUAAAUCCCGGUUUAAGCCCACUAAGCCUUCAUGCGGUUUGAUUUUUGGCCCGCAUCAAGACUUGCUUACCUUGUUAGAAUCGGGUAAACGACUGAGAACGGAAUUAGGGCAAGUUGGUCAAUCCAGAGGAGCUUUUGUCACGGAACAGACGACGGGUUUGGUAUCGGAGAAGGGUGUCACAUCUGGGGGUGAUGAGGUGGCGAUUUCCAACCCGGAUACGGCAGAGUUUUCGGCGGAUAGGGAAGAUGGUAUGCAGAUUGUUCCGCCGGCGGAGGAGGCAGUGGGGGGCGAUAGAGCACAUCGGAUAUGUCAGAAUUUGGGAUUUGAGAAUGUGUUUCGGGUUGAUGCGGUGGGACAAAGUGGUGGUUUGUGGCUGCUUUGGCGAUCUGGAAUAGGCGUUGUGACAGUUGUGAAUUCUUCGGAUCAGUACAUUCAUGCUAGGAUUGUCGAUGGGUUAGAGGUGGUGCAUUUGAUUGCAGUUUACGCGGCCCCCACUGUUAGUCGGCGGAGUGGUCUUUGGGGUCAGCUGAAGGACGUUAUUCAGGGGAUUACCGAACCAAUCAUUAGUGGUGGUGAUUUUAACACCAUUGUCAGAGCUGAUGAACGUACUGGAGGUGAUGGGCAAUUCUCUCAGGAUUCUUUGUCUUUCAGUGAAUGGAUUAAUGAGUUAGCUCUCAUUGAUAUGGGGUUCAAAGGGAAUCGCUUUACCUGGAAAAGAGGGCGUGUAGAGAGCACUUUUGUUGCCAAACGGUUGGAUAGAAUUCUUUGCUGUCCUCAGUCUAGAUUGAAAUGGCAGGAGGCCUCGGUUACCCACUUACCUUUCUUAUCCUCCGACCAUGCACCUCUUUACAUUCAGUUGUGUCCAGAGGUGAGAAGUGACCCGAGUAGGAGGCCCUUUCGCUUUGAGACAGCCUGGCUGAGUCAUCCGGGCUUCAAGGAGUUAUUACAAAACUCUUGGAAUAGUGAUGUGUCUACUCCUCAGGCGCUCAAUGGCUUGCGAGUACAUCUCAAACGGUGGAAUAAAGAGGUCUUUGGGAAUGUACAACAGCGGAAAGAUAAACUAGUGGCAGAGAUUCAGGCUGUCCAGGAUUUGUUAGAUGUGCAUCAAACAGAUGUCCUCUUGGAUCAAGAGGAGGUUUUGUUGAAAGAGUUUGAGGUAGUCCUGGAACAAGAAGAGCUGAUUUGGUUCCAAAAAUCUAGAGAGAAGUGGUUCGUGUUGGGUGAUCGAAAUACUAGCUACUUUCAAACCUCGACAGUCAUUCGAAGGAGAAGGAAUCAGGUUGAGAUGCUAAGGGAUGACACGAGGACCUGGAUUUCAGAUUCCAAAGAGUUAGAGGUUCUCGCAGUGAAUUAUUAUAAGUGA